AUGAACCGCUUCGUCUUUCUGGGAGCUCCAGGUGUCGGGAAAGGAUCGUUUGCGUCCAUCCUAGGGCCCCAGUUGGGCCUAGCAACUAUUGGGGCAGGGGAUUUGGUGAGAGAGGAGGUGAAACGAGGCACCGCCGUGGGCAAGGAAAUCAAGGCGUUUUCUGACAAGGGCCAGCUCGCACCGGACGAGGUCGUCAACAACUUGGUAAGAAGACGCGUUGAACAAGCGGACGCGUCUCAGGGGUUCAUUCUGGACGGCUUCCCGAGGAACUUGGCGCAGGCGGCAUGGCUUGAAUCGGCAGGUAUCAAGAUAGACAGAGUGAUCAAUAUCACCCUUCCCGAGUGGAUAACGGUGAAGAAAAUCUCCGCGCGACGUAGCUGUCCAGAGUGCCGAAGGAGUUUCAACAUCGCUGACGUCAACAAAGACGGCUACGUGAUGCCCAUGAUCCUACCGGACUUCGAGGGCUGCGACAGGGGCUCGCGGUGUCCCGGGUCGCUCGAGAACCUGGAGAGACGGGAGGACGACACCGAAGACAUCAUCCGCGACAGGCUGUUGGUCUAUCGUUCCGCGACAGCACCCCUCAUCGACUUCUACAAGACCAAAGGUUUGCUUCGGGAGUUCGCUGUGAAGAGAGGAAUCAAGGACAAAGAUUCGUUGGUGGACGUUAUGCACGCGGCCUGA